UGAGGGUUUGGAUACGGAACUGAGGACCCAGCUCGAAGCGGCGGCGAGUGUACAGUGUGUGUACAGUGAGUGUACAGGGGGCUGCUCAAGGCUGUGCCGAGUGGACCUCCAGAGCAAUGGCAUGGAGGAGGUCGAGCGCGGAGCGCUGGGUGGGCUACCGGCGCUGCGCGAGGUCUACCUGGGCGCCAACAGCCUCUCCACGUUCCCUGCCUCCGCGUUCGCCCCCCCGCUGCCCGCUCCCGGCCCCACCGCUACCAGCGUCCUCAUCGGCGGCGACAGUGACAACGCCGUUGGCGACGUCGGCGGCGCCGGUAGCUGCGACCUCGCGAACGCCGACGUCAGUGUCAGGAGCGGCGGCAGCGGCGUCGCCACCUUGGACCUAGGGUUCAAUUCGAUCUCCUUGCUCCACGCCGAUGACCUCCGGUGGCUGCUGGAACUGAGGACCCUGAACCUUUCCAAGAACCAAAUGACCGAGGUGUCCUCGGGCUUCCUGCGCGGUUCCCGUCGCCUCCGGCGCCUGCUCAUGUCCGCCAAUCGGCUCAUGAGCGUGGCCGGCAUCUUCCCCGAGGACCUGGGCCUCCUGGAGGCCCUCGACCUGCGCAGCAAUUAUCUGUCCAAGCUGCCGGCGGGAAACUUCGCUAACUUCACCUCGCUCCUGUUGCUCAACGUUGCCGACAACCAGAUCGCGGAGGUGGAGGAUGGCGCGUUCGACGGCCUCGCCGCCCUGGGCCGCCUCGACCUGGGCGGCAAUAAGCUGGGCCUGCAGCCCCUGGGACCGCGGGCGUUCGAGGGCCUCGUCAACCUUACCAACCUGGAGUUCAACAACAACUACCUGCACUACGCGUCCGCGGGCGCCGUCCGCAGCCCGCCGUUCGCUCCCCUCCGCAGCCUCACCCACCUCUUCCUCAACAGCCAGCGCAGGGACGGCAUGGUCAACUUCCCAUCCAACUUCCUGGAGGGCCUGGCCACCCUGCAGGAGCUCCACGCCGGGGAGCUCUACCUGUCGGUGCUGGAUGCCGGCACGUUCCUGCCAACGCCCAACCUGCGCUACCUGGACUUGGGCCCAAUCCGCUGUGCGGCGUGGAGCCGGCGCUGCUGCGGCCAGUGCCGCUCCUCGACGAGCUGCACCUGCGCGCGUCCGCCUGGACGACGUCGCCUUCCUGUCCCGGCUCAACCUGAGCCUCCUGCGGGUGCUACGCGUGAGCAACAACCGCGUCGGCGAGGUGUCCGCCGCCGAGCUCGGGGCGCUGCCGCCGAGCUCGGGGCGCUGCCGCGCCUGCAGCUGCUCGACGUCGUGGGCAACCCCCUCUCCUGCGGCUGUGACAACGCGUGGUUGAGCGACUUCCUGCUAAACUCGAGCCGCGUGCAAGCGCCGGGGCUGUGCCGCGACCGCUCCGGGCCGCUGCUCUUUGCCUGCUGCUCGUGCGCCGUCGCCCUCGUCAUGCUCACCGCCACCGUCUUCAGGUUCUGGCGCUGGCACCUGCUCUACGGGUACCACCUGCUCUACGGGUACCACCUGCUCGCCGCUUGGCUCGGGGAGCGCGGGAGGCCUGCGCGGCAGCCCGGCCCGAUACGUUACGACGCGUUCGUGUCCUACAACAGCGACGACGAAGAGUGCGUCACGCGCCAGCUGCUACCGCAGCUCGAGGGCACCGGCAUGCGCCUCUGUCUGCACCACCGCGACUUCGUGCCGGGCAAGGACAUCGUGGACAACAUCAUGGACGGCAUCUACGCGAGUCGGCGCACGCUGUGCGUCGUGACGCGGAGCUACCUGCGCAGCGAGUGGUACUCCAAGGAGCUGCAGGUGGCGGCGUUCCGUCUCGAGGAGAACCAGGACGUCCUCGUGCUCCUCUUCCUCGAGCACAUCCCUCACAACGAGCUGUCCGCCUACUUCCGCAUGCGCCGCACCAUCCGCUCGCGCACCUACAUCACCUGGCCCGGCGCCCGGGAAGACUUGUUCGCCCGGCGGGGCCGGCGGGGCCGCACGGUGGCCCCCGCGGGGUCGGAGAGCGCCUGCAAGCUCUUCUGGCACCGCGUGGUCGGCGCGCUAGGGCCCGGGGGGCGCGGGGACGAGGGGUGCGGGGUCGCAGAGGAAGGGGGUCCGCUGGGAGCCCCGCUGGUGCACGCCUGCUGACCCGCUCGCCGUGGCGAUGGUGACAAUGGUUGAAGGUGGCGUUGGUCGCAAUGAUGGUGAUGCCUGCUCAAGGCAACCGAACAAAUGUCCAAGUUUGGUCGGCGGGUUCGUAAUGGCAGUGUCCCGUAUCCACCCGCAUGCCUUCUCCCCACCGCCUGUUGCUUUUGUGAGAAUGUGGAGUUUAGCGCUGGGUGUAACAUCUUGUGGGUUCGUCCUCAACUCUUUACAUAGGCAGUGCUACCGGAGCAGUGGGUGAGGCUGAUGUUAAGACAUGGCAAAUGGAGCGCUAGCUGAACGGGGCUAGUGGCUGGGUGGGUGUGACGAUGUAAAAAGUGGGUGUGGCUAUGCAAAUGCGUCUGAGCAGGGGGGGGGCACUGAGUGGGUGGUGCUGGUGAUUGAUCGUUAACGCCAGGGUGCAUCGGUGUUAAGAAAUCGAGUGCUUUGACAUUUGGGGAAUGUUCGUGGUACUUUACGUUUAUUGUUGUUGUGGUUCAU